GGCGGGGAGAACAGUCGCCGAACUGCCACUACAACAUCUACGCGUAUUUUGACGAAAUCAUCGUAUUAGUGACUUGGACGCGGGAGUUAUUGCGAAAUAAUCGUGUGUUUCUGUGUUCAUAUUAGUUGUUUAUGUGAUUAUAUGUGAAAAAUGGUGUUAUAAUUGUGAAUAAACGUACAAGGACUUUAGGGUAACAAUGUCUAGCAGUUGACAUGUUUAUCUGUGUCGUGUGUGAAGAUUUUCCCUUCGCGUGAGGAGGUGUGGUGCGCUAGUGUGCGAGCUGUCCUCUUGUGUGCGUGCCGCGUUCGUGGAUACGAAAGGAUCCAAUGAUGGAUUGCAUUUCCACAGAUGUAUAGGAUGUGAACAAGGCAGUUGUUUGGUCAAAUUCCAAAUUCAUAUGACCACAACCGAAAAUGCGGUCACAAGCUGCAAAACCCUUACCUAAAAAGGGAUCUUUGGCUAAAACAUCUUUUAAAGCUAGUACCGCUACAAAACAAGUUAAGAAAAAAGCAGUAGCAACUAAAAAAGUGAAAACACUUCAAAAAUCAACGACAAAAAGUCCAAAAAAGAAUACUAGUGACGAAUCCAAAAAGGACAAUGAUUCGUCAAAUAAAGAAAAAAAUGAUUCCACGUCCGAUACUGAAAAGGCUGGACCUUCCAAGACGAUUAAUAUUAGAGAGGAGUCUCCUAUUAAAAAAGGGAAAAAAGACCCAAAAGAAGCAAAAGACAAGAAUAAAGCUGCCCCUAAGAAAGUUCUCUCAAAAAAACCUAUUAAAUUAACAAAAAAGGCCAACCCCGCAGUUAAAACUAAAAAAGACAGUGAUGAAGUAAAGUACAAAAUAAACUUAGAAUCUGUUAAGAAAACGUCUGCAAAAAAUCCAAAAGCAAAGACAAAUAUUAAAAAAAGCAAUACAGGAAAUCAAAAAAAGAAAAGUUAUUUACAAAGUAAGGAGAGUGAAGUAAAAACUUUAGACAAGCAUGAUGAAGACGAAAAAUGUCCUAAAGAUAAAGUUAAAGAUUCUUCGAAUAUUUCUACCAUAAUUGAGAAUAAAGAAGACAAACCUGAUAAAGAUAUUGCAGAGUCUGAAAAGAAAUCAGAAAAGAAAGAGGAAUCCAAUAAAAUUCUUAAGGGUAAUAGCAAUUUUUCGGACACUGCAUAUCAAAGUAUAACAGUUACCAAAAGCACUAAUCAAUCAGAAACACAAAAAACUGAAACAGAAAGGCCUCCAAAAUUUUUUACUUCCAUCAGAUCUCCGAGAACAGUCGAUAUAGACGUUAAAUGUUGUAAGAAUUCUAAAGGAAAUUUGAGUGUUUCUGAAAGAUUUAUAUCUCUUAAAUGCGAAAGUAAAACAGAUGACCUUAACAAAGAUAAAAAUACGUCAAAUAAUCUCGUAUCUCAGGGCCCAGAAAUAGACGUUUAUACUUUCACAGAAAAGGUUGAUUCACCAAAGAGCAUAUUAUCUGAUUUUAGAAAUCCGAUAAAUAAAAAUAUUGGAAGAGUACGGCCAAUUGCUAGAGUAAAAGGAACCGUUAUAGAUAAGAAAUUAGAUAAUGAAAGGAAAAAGUUCUCUCCACAUAGACCCAUUGAGGAAGUAGUCAAACAACUUAAGGCAAAUAAAAGAACAGAAGAUUUAAGCUUGUCAAAAAAUAAUUCAGCUGCAAGUUUGGACUUCAAUGUUUUCAACGACGAAAAAGAAGAAGUGCAACCACCUAUUGUAAGUAAGUCAUACAAAAUGGUAGCUAGGAAGUCUAGCAUUACUGGUAAACCAUUCAGCCCUAUAAAAUUCCUUGACCAAGAUUCUCCUCCAAAACAAGAGGUAAAGACUCCAACUAAAGUUACCAAUACAAAAAAAAAUAUUAGCAGAUCUAAGAAACAACGGAAGAAAAGUACUUCAUCUGAUGAUGAAAUGAAUACGUCAACUUUUGCACUCAAUACAAAGACAUUUCAUUACACUUCUUCAGAAGAAAGCGUCAGCGAAUCAAAUGAUGAUAAUGAUCAAGUAGAAUCUUCCGAAUCCAGUUCCUCGAAGACUAAAAAGACAAGGAAUAAAAAGUAUAAGAGGAUAACCGAUGGUGCUAAGAAAUCAAAUUCUAAGGAAUUGAAAGAAUUGUCAAAAGAUUCCUUGAUUGAUAUCAAAGAUACUUCUGCGUUACUAGGAAAUGAAAAACCUAGCAAGAGGCGGCUAAAACUUUUAUCAAUGUGGUCAGGGCCGAAGAAACAUAGAAUGGCCUCUCUCAACGCUCUUGCAAAAGUACAUUGUUUAUACGAAAAUGAAAGCAGAACUCAUAUGGAACUAGGUCUAAUGAAGACAGUUGACAGGCAAGCUAUGCCAAGUACAUCUAAAUCUAAUUUGCCAAAGAAAAAAGAAACAAAAACUAGGGAUUCCGACAAACAAGAAAGUACGUCAGAGUCUGAAUACGAAAAUAAAAAGGAAACGGAAAAAGACAGUUCGGAGAGUUCAGAUGAUAAUCCGCCACAGAGAACUUUACGUGGCGUACCUGGAAUAAGGAGUGCUGGUAAAUAUUGGGAUCCGCGAUCCUCUACGUCUUCCAGUGAAGAUAGUGAAUUAGAAUCUAAAAGCAAAAAUAUCGCAACUGACAAAAAGAAAGCCUCCACCAAACCAUCAGCUAAGUCAGAUUCUGAUAAGCCACCUCCCAAAAUGAAGAAAACAGCUGGCGUUCCAGUAAAGAAGAAGCGUAACAGAAAUGAAGUUGUUAUGGACUUAAAAGAUAUGGUAGUUCAGAAACGUAUGGCAAGCUUAAAUGCCACUGCUAUUCUAGCCGCCAGUUACGAGAAACGAUCGCCUAAAUCAAGCAAAGACGACACAACAUCAGACUCGUGCUCAGACGAUUCUUUUUCACAGAAGCCAAAAAACGGAUUAACUUCCGGCAUAAAGUCGGAAUUAAAAAUAGAAGAUACUAAAAAAGAAUGCGAAGAGUCGUCUGAUAGGAAUCAAAAAGUUGAAGUAAUCGUCAACCAAGAUACAGAUGUAACGAUCACCGGCGUAUAUUCAACUCAUCUUCAUGAAGGAUUCUGCACCGUAUCGGGAAUGCAAUAUCGUAUCUCUUCAACAAGCCACACUCAAACAACAGCCACCGCUAAUUGCGAAAAGGAGGGUUGUUCCCGAGAAGAUGGUUCUCGUUACACACCCCUCUCGGCUCUGUCGUCUAUGCAGCCUCCGGCGGACCACUCCCAUCAUCCACAUCCAGUUCCGGAACUUGGCGGUUUGGCGAGGCGAGCUGCUGGUUGUUCCAGCGCAUUCUCAGCACCCUCACCAGCUGCACAUCAUGAUCCAGGUAAGCCGACAUGCAGUUUGUGUGACCCAACGCUUCCGGCAUCGCCUUAUGGAUAUUACCAGCCGGCUGGGCCCUUGAUAAAGGAGACGAGCGCGGACGCGGAACGAGCGCUAGCUAGAUACCAUCCUCCGCCUCACUACCAUCCACCACCUGUACUACAACAAUAUGGUCCAUACUACCCGGCUGAACUUUGUUAUGGAAGGUACUACCGACCCCCAGGACCAUAUCACAUGCCCCCACAGCCGGAUGCACCGAUGGUGGGAGUAAGUGAGCCGUAUCCUCCCCCUCAAUACUACGGCCCGACACCAUGCUACCCCCACUCACCACAAAGAAUACCAUACGUAGAAUACCGAGGAUGCCCGUGCCCAUUAAACGCGUGUCCAAAAAACGUCCUUAUUGGGCCCGCUACUGGUAAAGGCCCCACCGGUGGCGGCCCAGCGGACGUUCCCUCGGCCUUAGCGCCGCCCGGGGCCGCCUUCAGACAGAAGGUGCGGGUCGCGCUCGACUCUAACGCAGAUACUCACGGAAGCGGAAAGGAUCCUCCAAUAGAACCGGAGCCACCAGAGCCUCCAACCGCAGCAGACGCCCCUCAUCCAUGUCCUCUGCCAGCUAUUGGUGGUGCAUCACCAAAGCGUGAGAUGUUUGACGUUCGAGAUAACCCUCGCCUGAACGCUGAUAUUCCGGGACCAACAGAGGCUAUUGGACCCCCCUCCCCUGCAAGAGGAGUCUGUGCUCCACAACCACCGCUAAGUGCCCCAAGACGGGCUCGACUUGGCAAAGCCAUGGCCAGACGGUCAUUAGCUGGUGACGACACGGCACUUCUCAUAUCAACACCACAACCGAUAGUUGAUAAUCACAAUGAGGCAGAUGAUGACGUUCUCGCCAUAUCACCGCCCACGUGUGCUCCCAUCGAUUUAUCGUCCUCUGAUGAACGAUCAACACCAUUAGUGGACGUCAAAAAAGAGAAUGAGGGACCCACUUACGCAACGUCAAGAAAGACUGAUGCGCAAGCUCUUAGGGAACAUAAUUGUACAACCGCCUUACAGACCUCAGACGUCGCGGAUCCUGCUAAAGCGGUCAAGCGGAGAUAUUCCAAAUCUAAGCUUGAGAUAGAAAUGAAAGAUGUUCAACUCGAGGACGCAUGUAAAACAAAUGGCAUCGGGGAACAUGUUAAACUGCAGAAACGAAGGAAGGUUUCUGGCGAGCUGUCACAUAUACCGCGUACAGAAACAAUUACUAAGGAACCAAAAAAGAAACCAACGCAGAAAAGGACAACAAAAACUUCAAUCAGUGAUAAGAAAGGACAUAAAAGGAAAUCAAGUACCGUCGUAGAGGAACCCAAACCUAAGACCAUGUUACUUGACAUCAUUACCAAUGAAGAUCCUCGUCUGACAAAUGUUGCUGCUGUUUCAGAGGAUACUAUGAGUAUGAAACCCAAAACUAAAAGCGCACUUCUGCUAGAUAAUUUAAUAAAGAAAAAUAGCGUAGACAGGCCUGAAGCUAAAGGAUAUAAUCCUGAUACAAAACUAAACCCAGCGGAACUCUUUUUACCACCGAGCGAAAAUGUCACUCAAAACAGUGCGAAGAAAACUUUAAAUAUUAAUAAUAACAUAGUAGAUACAAAUUCCCCCAUAAACGGGGUGCGAUCAAAAACUAUUGCGGCUGUGAGUCAGCUUAUUGAAAAGAAGCUGGCGUAUAAGAAUGCUUGCAAAGUAGACAAAGUAGAUUCCAAGAUUACUCACAGCCUUAAAUCAGUAUUAUCUUCACCCACCGAAGCUCUGGACGACAAAGAGGAUAUAAAACAAGGAGUUUUACUAAACGGUGAAAUAAAUAUUGACAAAAAAGUCUGCCUUGAAAGUGAUAUAGGAAAAAUUGCAGAUAUCAAAGAAAAAUGUGAAUACAAAGACAUUAAAAAUACAAUGAAUAUUGAAAACAAUAUUUUGCCAAAUGAAAAGUCAACGAAAGUAAACCUUAAGGCCUGUCCAAACAAAACUAAAGAAACCAAUAACAUCGAUCAUGUCGAAGAAUCUCAAAAGACAGAAAAAGCUUUAAAAGGCGAAGUAACUAAUUCGUGUAAAGCUAAACACGUCGAAAAAUUAGUGAAGCUGCUGGCUUCGAAAAAGCAAGCCUCGAAAUUAUCUGAAUCGGAAGCAGUAAUAGAAGACGAAGCGGAUGUAGACAGCAAUCAAGAUAUAGAUAGAGAUAAGAGUACAAAACGAUGUAAACUAGUCGGGGAAAAGGUAAAUGGAGAGAAAUGUAAGACAGAGAAAGUUGCGAAGCUGCUCGUGUCCAAAAAGACAGUUAUAAAGACUGAUGAAGCAUCGUUAGUCGUGGAAGACGCUUGUUCAUCACCAGUGACGAAUACAAGGAAGACUAGAAGAAGACGUAGCGGAGGAAGAAGGAUGAGAAGAGCUGUAGCUCCUCUAGCCCCACCAGACUUACAACCGAAAGCCACGCCACGAUGGAGCAAUGGAUGGAACUGGGACGGCGAACACUAUUUAUCAAAAGUCUACCUCAAUAACGACUCGCGCCUUGACCGCACUGCUCGUUGCUGGGCUCGUAUGACCCACGCGAGCGGGGAUCGCGUCUCGCGAGGAGAUUGCGUCUUACUCAGAGCAUCCCAGGCCAGGGCUCAACCAUUUGUGGCCAGGAUCGCCAGCCUGUGGGAGAAUCCUGAUGACGGUGAGAUGAUGGUGUCCCUCGUAUGGUACUAUCGUCCGGAACAUACCGAACGCGGUCGUCAGUCAACAGACGCUCCGGACGAAGUGUUCGCUUCCAGACAUCGAGACGCUAACUCUGUCGCCUGUAUAGAAGACAAGUGCUACGUACUCACGUUCAAUGAGUACUGUAGAUACAAGAAGCGCCUGAAGGCGUUGGAAGAGGGCGUCGUGAUCACUCCAUCAAUAGUACCGUCGUUGCCGGCCAGCGAAGUGACGCCGGCUCUAGCUCCAAACGAUACAAAACUUCCGCCUUCUGUAUCACCAGAGUUAGUGCUGUUCUGCCGAAAAAUAUAUGAUUUCAGGUCCAAAAAAAUUCAUGUACCCAACAAAUGAGCAAAAAAUCAAUGAUCGAAUCCAUGUUUUGGAACUCGGACCUCGGUUACAGCAGAGUCUGGUGAAUAAAGGUCUUCUAGGAACGGAAGGACUGUAUUUAUCGGUAGUGUCACAUUGAAACUUAUAAUAGUACAAACACCGACAACCUUAGGUCGUACCCUUUAUUGGACAUUCGCCAAUCGGUUUUGUUGCUUCUACUGUGACUUUGUAUUUCGUGUAAUUUAAUUUGUAUUUCAUAUAAUUUGCGAUCUUUCGUAACGACGGAUGCUAAUAAAUUUUUAGAAAUGGAUGCCUUUUUAUAAAUUAUAAGUAGUUGUAAGUGAACGCAUAAUUGUUAAUAGCGGUAUGUUUAUUUCUGCUUCGGGAUUGAUUAUAUAUUGUGUAUCUUCUGUAGAUGCGAUGUGUGCGCUAGUUGACCCUCCCCCGUGUGUCGGUCGUUUAAGUUUUGUUUGGCUAAACUGAAAGGCAUUUAUAUAAUUAAAAUUCAUUUUAAUUUACUGUUACAUUGUUAUAUACGUAGAGUCUAUAAUAGAGUAUUGUUUUAAUACAUGAUACUACACGGCGAGUGAGUGCUGUUUUACUGCGAUUAUGUGAUUUGCUUACGUAGUUUCUAUUUACCUUACGAUAACUGUUAGUGAUCAGAAUUAAAUUCUAAAUUCUAACUGAACAAUGCUGUUUUGGGACGAGUCCGUGGGCUAGUUCUUGUUACGUAUAGUUACCUAGGCGUUUUGUGUACCAGUGUUUUUUCCAUCACAGAUUGAAUCGGCUUAAAUUCUUAUAGGUGUGUGUAAUUUGUAAUUAUGUAUAACGAUCGAGUCUCAUAUUGACAAAUAAUAUGUGGUUAUUUAUUGACAGUGGCCCCGGGUAUUUAUUUACAAUAAAUAAGUUUUAUGUUCCUUGGAAACAAAUUUCUCCUCAUGCCUUGGAGGGAUUAAUAUUACAAUGGUCAAUGUGGAAAGGCUGUUCCUCUAUAAUUCUGUUUAAUGUUGUCUAUAAAGACUGAUUGCGCUAGGGCGAUGCACACUUUUUUGGCAAAAAAAAAAUACAAAACAAUCAAUUACAUUUUUAAAUAAAAACAAAACCUAUGACACUAUUUAUUCCCUUAUACAAAAUGUGUCAGCCAAUAUUUUACACUUUAAAAAAAUAACAAGUGGGAACAUUGUAACAUAUUUUUAAAUAUAAAAAUUAGUGCAUAGAUGUAAAACAAAAAGUGUGUUGGACGGAAAGAGAUAUAUUGUAUGAGUAUUGUAGUGAAAUCUCUUUAUCAUUAGAGUUUGUCCUGUUACAACGCGUCUCGACUUGCAAAAGCUAUCUUGUAUUCGUGUGAUAAGGUUCAUUUUACAAUGGCCCGUUAUGAAUUUUUUAAUUUGUGUUGUAGAUUCGCAUUGGGUCCAUAAUUUUCAUGUAGUGCGGAGUAUAGAAUAUAUUUAAUGUUAUAAUUCCUUUAUGGAAUAAUGUAAAGGGCAUUUACAAGUAAUCAGUUUCUGUAGCAUUCUUAGUUUCUUACAAUGUAUCUCUUGAGAUGUUUUCCGUUGUUGGCUGUCUUUUAUUUACCUCUUUUAUUGUAAAUAUUCUUCUUUAAGUUGUAUUAUUUCUAAACUUAUUUAUCUCUCCAGUGAGAUCAUUUAUUUAUUGAAAAUCAUGAAUUUAAUUUAUUUUACCAAAUGAAGUUUUUUGCUUGCAAAUCUUUUUGGUUUUAAAAAUAUAAGUUAUGUAUGUACACAGAACUGUCAAGGGAAUUAUUAUUGUUUUUCAUAAUAUUCUAUAUGAUUUCUGAAUAAAAUGUAUAAAAGUUAUAUAUGAGGAGGAAGUUAAGGAACUUCAAAACUUUCUAAUGUAAUUCCCUUGAAGAGUUUUUGUAUUAUUUUUUAAACGUAACUCUAUUUUGCUAAAAACUAAUAAUAUGUACACAGCAUCACAAUCUCACUGGUGUCUAUUCCAAAGCUUAAGUAACCUAUUAUUUCUUAUUCUUUGCUUGAUGCCAAAAAAUUAGCUGCAAAAGUUCUAUUAUUCAGUAAUUAAUACAAUUCUCUUUUCUAUUUAGGUUAAAAAUGUCUGUGAAAUACGAAUGUGAAUUGUAAAAAAAAACCUCUGACAAUAUUUCAGAAAAUAUAACAUUUUAUUGACAAUAAUGGAUAUUUAUAAUACAACAAAAUAUAUAAACAGUCCGAUGACAGCUAUGAAUCGUUUAGAAACCUCCACAGCGAGCCGUUCGUAUUUCACUCACAUUGUUACUCAUUACUAAUUAAUUAUAGAUUUAAUGAGUAAAUUCCAUAAUAAGAUUAUUACUAUAAGUGAGCUCCCCCUUGCUUGUAGAUGGAAUGUUUUAAAGAAUGUUACCUGGAUUCCACAGUUGCAACCUUCUUAUAGUCAAUGAUAAUUUUUAGAAUUAGGUUUACUAAUAAGAAAAAAAAUACUUUGUUUUUAUUAUUUAUUUGUUUCAAUGGAAAUUAUAUAGGUAUAUUUUAUUAUUGUAACCUACAUAGUUACGUUGGCUGUAAUUUAAUAUUGAUGUAAAAGUAAUAUAUGUAUUUUUAUUUCA